AUGGUGAAGCCUGUAGUGAAUGCGAAUAUGAAUCAAACGUUUCGUGAGGUAGUUGGACGCUUUGUCAAUGCUCCACCACAGCUUUCACAUAAGCAAACGGUACAGCGUUUGUAUAAGAAGUCGCUGAAGACUUUAGAUUCGUGGAUUAUCGACCGCCGCCUUUGGAAUGAAGAGGCUACGAAGAUUCGUGCUGAGUUUGAUGCGAAUAAAAAGCUUGAUCCUCAAUCAGGUCUGGCAAAGCGCCUUGUGCGUGAAGCACAAGAGAAGGUGGACCAUUAUACGCAUCCGGACCGCUAUAUUUUCAACUACAUGCCUGGAGGAAGUCUCUAUAUGCGUAACGCACCCAUUCCAUUGGAUGUAUGCUUUCCAGAUGGAAUUAUUCCGGACGACGUUGAGGUCUCACCACUUGAAGGCAUUAACAUUGAUAUGACGCCGUUACCUGCAAAGGAAACAGUCUUUGUCGACUUUUCGAAAAAAGGCUAUGAUUAA